AUGAACAUCCGCACAGUUGUUGAAGCAUUCUGCGCCGACUUCGCUAAUGGUACCCACCCUACCACCAUCCUCGACACGCGCUUCACUAGCAAUCCUGAAAUCUACGAGUAUGGUCCCGACUGGGCGCGAUCCCGACUUCCCUACCUAGGACGGUCCUGGACUGGAAGACGAUCUUCAUCUACACCGUCGUCCGAGGAAGACACCACCUGUGACGCCUACUUCGACGUUCUUGGACAGACGCUCUUCUUCGAGCCAGACAACCGAGAGCCUACAUCUCCGCCCGAUCAGUUCUUGGUCUCAGCAUCGAAUGGAAAUGACGAUGCUGUCAUGGUCAAACUGACCUCCACGGUGGGAAGCGUCGCAACUGGGAAGAAGUGGGUGGAGACAUUUGUAUUCUUGUUUGGGAGGUUCGAUGCGCAGGGUAAAAUCGGCAAGUUGGAGAUCUGGUCGGAUUCGUUGAGCGCUUGGGUCAAUUCUGAGUAA